AUGGAAACCACACAAAGCAUUACUUCAGAAUCUUUUAAAGAAACAACAAUAAAUUUAUCAUCAAUCGAUUGGUUUGGCUUUGAUUUAGAUCAUACAUUAAUUCGUUAUCAAUUACACAAUUUUCAUAUAUUGAUCUAUCGAAUAAUAUCGGAUUAUCUCAUUGAAAAUUAUCAUUAUAACUCUGUAUUACAAACAAAUACAGAAUCAAUUCAUGAUUAUGCUGUUAAAGGCUUAAUUUAUGAUAGUUUAUAUGGUGACAUAAUACAAUUGAAUAAUAGUGGUUCGGUUAUUUACAGUUUACAUGGUUUGAAUACUAAAAUUGAUCAAGAUGUAUUAAAACAGCGUUAUCCAGAUAAUUUACAGUCAAUUGAAAAUUCUACGGAUAAACGUUACUGGAUUAUGUUAACAUAUUUUGAACAAGCCGCUGCAUAUUUAAUUGCUAAUAUUGUUGAUUUAAUUGAUAAACAACAAUUAUUUAAUAGCAGCUUCAAUAAUAGUCUAAAAAUAGACGAUACAAAUAAAUAUAGUUUCUUUUUAUCUCAUAUAUAUGCUGCAUUUGAACAUAAUUAUGGUGGUGAAUUUGAUAAAAGUGAUUAUUUUAAUGAAUUACGAACAAAUAUAGGUAAAUAUAUUUAUAAACGAGAUGAUAUUCGAAAUUGGUUAAUAGAAUUGAAAUUAAAAUAUGGAAAAUAUUUAUUUGUUAUAACAAAUAGUAAAUUGGAUUAUACAGAAUUAUUAGCAAACUAUGCAUUUGGAUCAGACUGGCAUUCAUUAUUUGAUUUAAUUAUUGUUAAUAGUAAAAAACCAACAUUUUUUGAUCAGUAUAAUCCAUUUUAUAAAUGUGGUAAUGAAUCUGAGCCAAUUAGUGAUCUAAGAGAAUUAUGCGUAAUUGGUGGUAUCUAUACUGGUGGAAAUAGUAAAGAUUUACAAAUUAUUUUCAAAUAUAUUACGAACUAUGGAUUGAAACAGACCAUUAAUGAUGUUGAUUUAAACACUAGGAAAUCAGAUGAACAUGAACCAAUUAUUAUUUAUUUUGGAGAUAAUAUAAAAGUUAGUAUUAAAGAAUCACUAGACUUGCUAUGCGAAACUAACGAGCACAUAAUUGAAAGGAGGAGUAAAACUUUUUUAUCGUGA